AUGGCUGUAUUGGCUAUCUUUUCUUUGCCAAUCCAAUUGGACAAAACAAACAAAGAAAUCCAGGAAAUUGAAGUGGGUGCUAUAAUGGAUAAAAUUCCAGACCAAAUCGGCUACCUGGUGUUGACAGAGGACGGUGCUGUCCUUGAAUCUGGUGGAGAACUUGAGAACGACGAACGUAUCGCAACUAUAAUAACUGAUCUCAUCACCCUAUCUAAUGAGGUUGAUUCAGUUGCAUUUGGACCAAGUGAGAAUUUUAAGAAGAUUUCGAUAACGUUUGACGAUCAUUGGUAUAUUAUCUGUCUAUCUAAUAAAAAGAUUUCUGUUGUAAAACGCAAUAUACAUACUCCACUCAGAGAAAGUAAUGAAAUUAAUGUGUAGUAUUAAAAAAAGUAAGAAUGGCACGAAAUAUCUUGAUGAGUAGCCUUGAAAACGCGUCUUUCAAUAUUUUAAUACAAAUAUUAUUCAGGUGUAUUACAUUUAUUAUUAAUGCAUGGGUGAUCAGAAAUGUUGGUCAUGAAAUAUUGGGCAUAAUGAAUGUUAGGCUACUCCUUUUAGAGAGUACUAUAUUAUUCCUUAGUCGGGAACC